AUGGAUGAUGUGUCUAUUCUCGUGGAUAGUAAUUACUUUGCUAACCUAGAUAUAUUGGAGGAGGAAGAUGAGCUUAUGUUACCAGGUGCAGACUUGGCAAAAAUGGUAAACACAAAGAAGGCUACAGAUAACGUGAAUAAUGUAAAGGAACAAUGUGGAGAGGAUGAGCAACAGUAG